AUGAGUUCUUUGCAUUUUUGUACUCCUCAGUCUGCUGCAAGCUUCCUGUUGGACCGGUAUUCUCGCUUCCCACAUGUUCACGCCUUAAAAUCACAUUUUAUCUCAAAAGCUUUCAGUUUAUGAUUCAUUCAGACGUUAUUCUCCACAAACAUCUCAGAGAGUUAACAGCAACUCCAACUCAUCUCCAGGAAGAAGUGGCUUUUAGCAUUUCUGAAUCACAUUCAGCUCUUUGCUGCAGGAUAUUAAACACUGAGAUUUUCAACAGAGUGUGAAUGAUGUGAGGAGUUCAGCUGGAGGUGUGAAACUGCAGCAACCUCAGUCUUACAGAUCGUUGAGCCAGAGAAGCAGGUGAACUGUGGUUCCCAGAAUGCCAGAGCAGAGUAAUGACUACCGGGUGGUGGUGUUCGGUGCCGGCGGGGUGGGGAAGAGCUCGCUGGUGCUUCGGUUCGUGAAAGGCACCUUCAGAGACACCUACAUCCCCACAGUCGAGGACACCUACAGACAGGUGAUCAGCUGUGAUAAGAGCGUCUGCACGCUGGAGAUUACUGACACAACAGGAAGUCACCAGUUUCCCGCCAUGCAGCGUCUGUCUAUCUCCAGAGGCCAUGCCUUCAUCCUAGUGUACUCCAUCACCAGCCGCCAGUCACUGGAGGAGCUCAAACCCAUCUAUCAACAGGUUUUGGCCAUUAAAGGCAGCGUGGAAUCCAUUCCCAUCAUGCUUGUGGGCAACAAAAGUGAUGAAACGGCUCAGCGUGAGGUGGAGAUGAAGGAAGGUGAGGCUCAGGCGGCUGCCUGGAAGUGUGCCUUCAUGGAGACGUCGGCCAAGACGAACACCAACGUCAAGGAACUGUUCCAGGAGUUGCUGGCCCUAGAGAAGAAGCGGGACAUGAGCCUGAGCAUCGACGGGAAACGGUCGGGAAAACAGAAACGAGCUGACAAGCUGAAGGGAAAGUGCAGUGUCAUGUAGAGCAGCUGGCAGCUGCAGAGGACUCACUGCAGAGGACUCAGACUUUAGAGUCUGUCUGAAUGCUAGAGCCCAAAUGAACAAAAUGACUAAUAACUUAGAAUGGAAUCUGGAAUAUUUGAAUAUUUAUAUCAAGACCUUGGGCUCCUAUUGGCCCCGACAUGGAUUGUGUAUAUGGUCUAAAGUAUUUGUAAAAAAAGAAACAAACAAAAAAUCUUUUUACACACUCAACUAACUCCUGCCACUAUUAACAAUUACAUGAGUAAGGAUACUUCACUAAUGUCAUUGUAAAUGUUGAGCCAAAAAUCAGUCAGAUUAUGGUUAAGCUCGAGUUUGUUCCAGCAGUUCCUACAGGACCAACCCAACUGGUCCUGACAGCUUUCUUUUAAAGAUGAGCUUAUUUUCAGCUCAUUUUGUUUCUGGGACUCGACAAAAUUAGACUUGCAUGAUUCUUAGUUCACAGAAACUCCUUCCUUAUUGUAUACUGGCCCUUUAUAGAGCCCCUCAAUUCUGUCUAAAACCAGCUCUCUCAUCCAGGGUUUGUAAAGGUCCCUUUCUCUCCGAGUCCUUUGUGUGAAUUGGCCCAUUGUUGGAAGCCUGCCGAGGGGCAGCAUGCAAUGCUUGUGUGCAGAUGACUGUGUAAACAAAAAGAAAACAGUUAAAAACCAAACACACACACAGACAACAACCUUGGGUGGACUUAAAGAACUAUAGCCUUCACAGGGUCACCUGUGCAGCCAGGUGAGCUAUAGUAGUACCCUGGAUAUCAAUUAAUUUAACAUGACCUCCUACAACACAAGAUGGUACAUCUCAAGGAGUUUAUCCCGAUAAAUACAUGUUGAAAUGUUUAUGUAACGAAGUAAGAAAAAGCAGAGUAGUUCCCUUGUAAGACUUUAUUUUUCGGCAUGCUGCUUAAAAUAGUGGAAAUAAAACCACGGCAGCAGGCUUCACACUUAAGCUAAGUUUAAGUACACAACCAGAAAGCACUUGUUUUUAAAUGAAGCACUAAUUAACUAUUAACCAUUAGCUCAAUGAUGCGACUCAUUUGGCAUGCUUUCACUUGUCCGUCUUUGACAUUCUAGCAACAUGCAAUGAUGAGCAAGAAACCCAGGAACUGGAUGGAACAUGUUGGCAUGCUAAAUCUGAUGUUGCAGAAUAUGAACUCAGUGAUACUACAUUUACUUUAGUCAUCUGUAUGACAUGCUCAACACUAGUAUUUGGGGCUGUCAGGUUUGCUAAAACAUGCUAGCAUGCUAAUAUAUUAGGCACUUAGCUUCCCAAAAAGAACAUUUGCGGCUGCUUGCUGCCCCCUAGUGGCAGAGGGGAGCAUGGUUUUAAGUUUUUGAAAUCCUGUGGCACUCUUGAUUGGCUGCCUCAGGACUAUUCAUCACAUAUAUACCAGACAUUUAUUCUCCGUCCUGCAGAUAAGACAGAAAAAUAAUUAAAUAAUCCUUUAUCUAAGAAGUCUAACAGCUUUUCUAUUGUGAUUCCCUCCUUGGUGGUCGUGGCUGUUUUUUAUCUUGGAGCUCAGCUUCCUGCUGUCAUUAGAAGAUCUUCAACAUGCAAGCUAACAGUGUUUAGCCUCUGAACUCUCAGCUGACGGACUGCAGUGGAAACAGCAGAUGCUUUCACCUUAACUCAGCAGGAAACUACAAAACAGCUUCAGUGAUUUUCCAGCUGGCCUUUUGCACUGUUUUCAUUUUCAUCAAACACACUGAAAACAAAACAUUGUUAGCAUUAACAGGGAGGUGCAGAGAAGCAUGAAGCUACUGUACAUCUGAUGUAAAGGAACAGUCCAAAAUAUCUGGAAGCACCUUUUGUACUGGUUCAUCUCUGUGUGUCCAAUACAGAGGUGGAGCCGGGACGUGUUUAGUCUUAGCACAAGGACUGGAAGCAGCAGGGGAAACUUCCAGCAAACCUAAGAUAAUGAACUGUGCUGUCUUAUGCUUGUGCAAUGCUAACUCACUAUCUGUUAGUGUUGCUAGUUUUUAGAUGCUUUGAAUUAAUUCCAAAACUACUUUUGUGGUUCUUAAAAGAUCAGUUAUUUUCACACACCAGGGGUCAGGACAGAGAGGCAAACAUUAUUAAAACAGGUCGACUCUGCUAGUUUCUAGCACUAUAUUUUUAUUGUGAGCCUCAGUUUCACAGUUCACAGUGAUCGUUAUUGAUCACGGGCCUUGAUGCCAUUCCUCAGUUAAUCAUCCGUCUCAAAUAAGCUGUUUUAGCUCCUCCCCCAUUCAAUGUAACUUUCCUCUGAUUGGCUGCCCCUGACUUUGGAUGCUUUUAAAUAAUUAAUAUGCGUUACUAUUAACAUGAAAAGGAAACAGUCAUUUCUCUACCAAGGACAGUACUCAUGGCCACUGAUGACAGUUUACAUAUUAAUAAAAAGAAACUGACCUCAAAGCUCAGUUUAGUCAGUAAUGCUAAUUUUGGUCAUUAUUCAAAUGGGAAACCUGCAGUCAGCUUAGACUGAGAAACUUGGCUGAGUGGCAAAACUGAAAAAGUACUGGGUGACAUCCACGUCUGCAGGAAAGGCUUCUUGUGAUAUUUUUCUCAGUACAGUUCUCCAUUCUGAGAGAGUAAGGCCAUAAGACUCAAAUGUUGUUAUUUUCAGUGUAGCAGAAACUGUGAAACAGUUGUCUGUGCAUCUCUGAGUACAUCAAACAGGAGCUUCGCAUAAACAUGUGCACGUAGCUGCACUGUCUGAGCUUGUGAGAUGCAUCUCUGCCUCUGCUGUCAUUUCGCUCCGGGGUCUGACUAUGAGAUCUGACUCAUUCCUAUAUAUAAUAUCAAAUGUUUGUGCUGCCUUUUGAUAUUCCCGUGAAAGUAAUGUCACAUCUAAGGAACAAGAAGUCCUGUUCCAUAGCUGAGAAUCUGUUUUACAAAAUUUACCAGCGUGUUAAAGAUAAAAUAUCACAGGAACUAAUUCUUCUUUUAAGCUGAAUUAAUGUUAACUGACUGUCCUGAAAAGGAAUCAAACUAAGCAUUUUAUUCAAAAUAACCAGAAACAUGUGAGACGUGUCUCGAUCAGCCAUGUCACUGGACCUGUUAUAGUGUACCAAACUCUGAAAUUUGCAUGUUACACCCCUUUUGCCACUCAAAUUUUCACAUUUUCACUUUAGUUUCUUGGUGCUUUUUACACUGUAAGCUGCAUCCACAGAGAGCAUUUUUAAUUCUUAUGGUUCAGAAUCCAACACACAGAUGCAGGAGACAGAACCACAGGUGGUCUGAGUAAAUCCUGAACCACCGUAAACAACAUUGUUUUUGAGUGUGCCAUAGAGGAGCUUUGUGUAACCAGUGAGAACUAUAAGAGUUCGAUUCAGGAGAUGUGACUGAAACAGUUUUACUGGUACCACUACACCGGCACCCCUUUUAGCACAUUAAUAUAAAAAACCUGAUGUGUUCAGAUUUCUUCCACAUGGUCAAACGUUUAUAAUCUUACACUAACAUCAUUGAGAAAGGCAUGUGUAGUUUACUAGUUUAGCCCCCAUCGUCGGAUUUUGAGUGAUUGCUUUUAUUAUUAUAAAAAUAUUAUUAAUUAAAGAAUGAAUAUUUGAGGUUUGAUACUUGUAUCCACCUGUGAAAGAAGUUUUAUGCUGCAUGAUUGUAACAUAGUUCUAAUAUUCAUUUUAAACACUAUACUUUGGAACUAUUAUGGUUACUCAUAAUAAACAUUUUAGGAUGAAAACUUUUAAAACCACACGUUAAACGUAUCCAAGUAGCCUUUCUAAUAAUUACAGCUUUUGCCCCAUAACAAAUCAGCCUGUUUAAAAAUCACAUCUCUCUCUGAACAUUAUGGCAGUCAUACUGGCGCAUCAUUGCAAUGACCAGCAGUGACCAGUACAACAUCUGUUUGUACAUAUUUGUGCUAUUCUUGCUACUUUUAAACAAACACUAUUUUUGCCUGAACAAAAUCGCGGCUAAAAUGGUGAAAGCAGGUGUAGUUGUGUACAAAUGAAACUAUAGCAGGACAUUAGAGACACAGUUCGGUGGAGCUAUACUAAUUACUUGCAUGUAUUUCUGUGUUCAUAGUUCCCAAACAGUCCGGAUUAUUAACACUGAGCAGGGCAGGGAACAUGAAAAUCCUAGUGUUGGACUGAUUUUAUGGGAAUCCUCGUUUCCCCACGUUGCUGAUCCACAGUGGGAGCUAAACUGGAAUUUUCCUCACCUUGUGCUAAGCUAGCCUUUAUAUUUAAUACUCUUAAAGACCUCAGAUAUGUAUUUUCUCAGCACACCAACAGGAUUUCUAAAUGUUGGACUGUUCCUUUACCUGGCAGGAAAGCAGACUUGCUUCGCCGUUGUACAUUUGAAAUGCCUUUCCUUCCAUUUUACUUGACAAUUUAUAAUCUGAAAAUAAGUGAGCUUAAAAACUUUACGAAGCACAAACACUGGAACACGUUAGACGAGCUCAUGUUAUGUACACGUCAGCUUGUAUUUAGUUUCACUGUAUAAAGCUUUUCAUCAUGCUGUGUUUUUGAAACGUCACCAUGCCUCACUGUUAGCUGUAUUCAGCUUUAGCAAUAUCAGAAACAGCUGCACUUUGUACGUGGGCAGUAGAAACUCAAAGAAAUAACUCAGCAGUUUAUUGAUGCCAAUAAAUUCUUUUAUCAGCAAAUUCACGAUCUUAUCAUUCCACUGCUGUAUGUACAUUUUCAAGUUAACUGAAUUAACUUGAACACAAGAUGCUUUCAGUUGUAUUUUCUCAACAUGAAUGACACUCACAAACUAUGAAUUAAUAAAAAAUAUAUAUAUUGCACUCCAAA